UGUGAAUGCAGCUCAUCUCUCCAGGCGCCGCCCAAGGAACGUCAGAUGAACAGUUGCUUCUGCCACCUCCAGCCUUCAGAAGCUGCCUCAUCUCCACCUCAUAAAUCUGGAAACAACAUACUUACUUGGCUGGGGACACCCGUCCUGUACCACGCAAUUUCGUGCGGCCUUAACUAUGCCAGUAGGAUUGGUGCUUGCCGGAUUGGCGACAGCUGACCUAGUGAUCAAAUACGGGAAAGAGCUUGUUCGGCUUUGUUCGUCAUUCAGGAAUGCCGGGCGUGAGAUCCAGGAGCGGAUCAUAAUCAUCGAAUCGACGUGGUUGAAGGCUCAAUACCAGAUAGAAUUUCUGACCAAGAUAUGGAAAACUCUCGACGUCACACACCAGGAGCAACAGAGCCAGAUACUGGACAUCUUGGAGACCAAACUGAAGGCAGCUAUUGUGCAAGUGCAGAGAGUGCAACGCAGGCAUGCUGGUCGGGAGGACGACAUCAAAAGAUGGAAGUACGCCUUGGUCAAAGACAGUAUUGACAAUGCGAUUGAGGGACUGGAAGUGUGGCAAAAGAUCUUCGAUCCGUCCUGGUACCUCAUUAUGAGGAUGGCAAGCCGCGUAAUCGAUGAAGAGCUGCAGGAAGUGGCUGACGAACCAAAAGUUGGAACCAUGUCUACUGCAUUGGCGUUCAGGAGGUCCUUAAAAUCAGAUCGCGAUACCAAGGUCUCCGUCUUCCUUCCCAAAGACGGUUUGGUUGACGCGCUUCGAGAACCCAUCCCUUACAGUACGGCGGAACUGAUGCGCAGAUCUCCCACAAGUGACAAGUGGUACAUCGUUGAUUCGGUCCCAUGUCUACCAGACGUCAGUGCUCGGACUCUCACUGAAGAUGUUCGCGAUCUUGCUCGCAAGCUCUCUGCGACGGAUCCGAUGGCUUUUGGCCUACUCCAGUGCCGUGGAGUCGUUCGCAUAUUGAAGCCUGACCAACGCACGCCAGCAUCUUUCGACUUCGUCUUCUAUGAGCCUGGAAGGCUCAAAGCUCCUCGUAGCCUUCGCGACAUCUUGCUAUUUCCAGACACCGACAUCUCCUUAAGCAUUCGGUUCUCCAUAGCACAGACACUAGCGCAGUCGAUCAGUUACGUGCACACCUGCAAUUUCGUACACAAAGGUAUCAGGCCUGAGACCAUUCUGGUUUUCGAAGAUGAGAGAUCGGUGCUUUCUGGAUCCUUCCUCGUGGGAUUCGAGAAAUUCCGAACUGUUUCUGGAUAUACUCUUCGAGCUGGUGAUUGCGCAUGGGAGAAAAAUUUAUACCGGCACCCGCGUCGACAAGGCCUGCAGCCUGAGGAUGAAUAUGUAAUGCAGCACGACAUCUAUAGCCUUGGGGUCUGUCUUCUGGAGGUUGGACUUUGGCAGUCUCUGGUGUUGUACGGUCCAGCACCCUCUGCAUCGGGACUGUUGCAAUCCUUUCUGAACGAGAGCGAAGAUAAUUGUCGUGAACCAGGCCUUUUGAAAGACCACCUCGUCGAUCUUGCGAAGCGAAGCUUGCCAUGCCGGAUGGGAGACAAAUAUACCGAUGUGGUUGUGAAUUGCCUGACAUGCCUAGAUGAAGAUAACAUGGAUUUUGGAGACCAGACCGAGUUCGAGGACGAAGAUGGAAUUCUCGUAGGGGUGCGUUACAUUGAGAAGGUACUCGUCCAGCUGAACAACAUCUCCAUCUGAUGACAACCAGGAUAACAAGAUAUAUGCUAUCUCGACUUACAUCCUCAUGGUUUCUUGGCUUUCGAACCCUUGUUCGAAAAUGUCACCUUUCUGAGUCUUUCUGCAACUGUUCCAACUGGCCGUGCAAGUAAAGAAGAGUUGAGACACGCUGAAGAUCACUUGAGCAAGCUAACGAGAUUAACCAAUACAGUAAGUUGAAAUUAGCAACGCUGGAUUGUAUCUGGAAGUGAUGAA